CAAAGAGCUCAACACCGGCCGGUCCCGCCCCUCGAGGCGCGCCAACUGUCCUCCCCCGCCCCUCGUGCGCCGAGACGUGAGGACGCCGGCGUCGUAGGCUGAGGUGGCAGCAGUCCUACAGACAUGGAGCUGCCGCAGAUGCCGGAGCUCGUGGGGCUGUCCCUGCUGGUGGGGCUGCUGGCCCUAGUGGCCACGGCGGCGGUGGCCCGAGGCUGGCUGCGGGCCGAGGAGGACAAAAUUAGCCAGCCCGUGUGCCAAAAAGUAAAUGAAGCCAAAAACUCAGGAUCCAAGAAGCAGAAACAGAAUCAGCGGAUUCGCAAGGAGAAGCCUCAGCAACACAGCUUCAGCCACCGCCUUCUGGCUGCAGCAUUAAAGAGCCAUAGUGGGAAUAUAUCCUGCAUGGACUUCAGUAGCAAUGGCAAGUAUCUGGCCACCUGUGCUGAUGACCGAACUGUCCGAAUCUGGAGCACCAAAGAUUUCCUUCAGCGGGAACACCGCAGUAUGAGAGCCAAUGUGGAGCUGGACCAUGCCACCUUGGUGCGCUUCAGUCCUGACUGCAGAGCCUUCAUUGUUUGGCUGGCCAAUGGUGACACCCUCCGUGUCUUUAAGAUGGCCAAGCGAGAAGAUGGGGGCUUUACUUUCACAGCCACCCCGCAGGACUUUCCUAAAAAGCACAAGGCGUCCAUCAUCAACAUUGGCAUUGCUGACACAGGGAAGUUUAUCAUGACAGCCUCCAGUGACACAACUAUUCUUAUCUGGAAUCUGAAAGGUCAGGUGCUGUCCACAAUCAACACCAACCAGAUGAAUAACACUUACGCUGUUAUCUCCCCAUGUAGCAGGUUUGUGGGUUCGUGUGGCUUCACCCCAGAUGUGAAGGUCUGGGAGGUCUGCUUCGGGAAGAAAGGGGAAUUCCAGGAGGUGCAGCGAGCCUUUGAGCUGAAGGGCCACUCUGCCUCUGUCCACUCUUUCGCCUUCUCCAAUGACUCUCGGAGGAUGGCCUCUGUCUCCAAGGAUGGCACAUGGAAGCUGUGGGACACAGAUGUGGAAUACAAGAAGCAACAGGACCCCUACUUGCUAAGGACAGGCCGCUUUGAAGAGGCAAGCAGCAUGCCUUGCCGCCUGGCCCUCUCCCCUGACACCCAUGUCCUGGCCUUGGCCACUGGCACCAGUAUUCAUCUCUUCAACACGAGGCGUGGGGAGAAGGAGGAAUGCUUCGAGUGUGUCCAUGGGGAGUGUAUUGCUGACUUGACUUUUGAUACCACUGGCCGCUUCCUGGCCUCCUGUGGGGACCGUGCAGUGCGGCUCUUCCACAACACUCCUGGCCACCGGGCUGUGGUAGAGGAGAUGCAGGGCCUCCUGAAGCGGGCAUCCAGCGAGAGCACCCGCCAGAGGUUGCAGCAACAGCUGGCCCAGGCCCAGGAGGCCCUAAAGAACCUGGGUGCCCUAAAGAAAUGACUCUGGCUCUGGAUGGGUCUGGCUCCCUGCCCCAGUGGUUGCUAUUCUUCUUCCCAGGUGCCUCUGGGUGUGGAGACCUGGAGGAACUUCCCAGUAUUCUUCCUGGUGGGGCCCCCACUUUUUCCCAUUGAAACUGUUCUUGCAUACUUAGAUCUCUCUCUCUCUCUCUUCUUGUUUGACUCCUCCCAAACUGAAAGGUGCUAUUUUCUCAUGGGCCCAAGGGUGGACUCUGUCUUCACCCAACACUGAGAAGAGGGGUAGAGAGAAGAGAGAGAGAUCAAAGCCUUUGACUGUGGCAAAAGACUCUGACACCCAAAGAAGUUUGUGAGUGUUGAGGUAAAACCUGAGGAAUACCAGAGAACAAGGUGGCUGUUUUAUAAGGAGGUAGAAUGUGUUUUAUAAUGCUAUAAGGUGAAUCUCCACCUGGACCAGGCUCCUGUUACCAGCAAGAAAUAAUUAAGGUACUGUUCUAUAAUCUCAGCACACUACAGGCAAAGACAGGAAGAAGGAUCAAGGGUUCAAGUCCAGCUUGGACUACAUAGUGAAUUCCAGGACCUCCUGGGCUCCAUAUGGAGAGAUCUUGAUUAGAGAUUUUUUUUGCUCUGGGCUUCAGUUUUCUUAUUUGUAAAAUGGGGAACGAUGCUCUCUGUAGCCUUCUUGAAAAGAUGUUCUGAGGCUAAGAGCAUUCCAAAGUUCCCGUGCGUGGAAUAUAACAGUGCUGUUGAAGGUUCUUAACUAUCAGGUAAACUUGGGAUCAAACUGUGGUCUGCAACCAAUGGGAAAAAACCACAGCCCUCGGGAAGCCCAAGUUUCUUGGGCCUUGGCUUGCUCAUUCAUCUUGGUUGCAUAUGGUGAUUUGGUUCACGUGCCUUGAGAAGUAAUGCCAUCUUAACAGGGCACUCCUCACUAUUGGAGACCUCUUGGAUUCAUGACUUCAGUGCUUGCUUCAUGAAACUAGCUAGUGAUGCCGGCUAACACAUUUAGACAAGACUGGGUCUGCUGUCACAGUAAAAAUUGGUGGGAAGGACCUAGAAGCUGAUGUCUGAAGUGCUUUUUCUUCAUUCACAGCUACAGGGGAUGUAGACAUGGGGCUGCACAGUAAUGAAUUUAAGACAAUAAUGGGGAUGAAGUAGAUUACAUCCAAUGAGAUUGGAUCUCAGACAUAUACAUUUGAAGACUACUUGGAUUCAAGGGGUGAGGAAGAUGUCAGGAACCUAGGAAUGCGUGAAUCUAGCAAAAAGUAUCCAUCACAGUUAAUUUUGAUCUCUUGCUUAUAAGUAGGGCUUCUUCCAGCGUCCUCAAUGCUACAGAAUGUAGAAAAGGCACAACCCUGAAGUUGACCUUGAUGGCUCCCUUGUCGUCCCCCUCCCACCACCACUACUGCACCCAGAUGACCUGCAGCAUCUGCUGUCUCUCCGUAUGUUCUGUUAACCAUCCUGGUCUUAGCCAUUGUCACAUACUGUAUGUAUAGUAACUUCUGUUUCCAACUUCAUUACUUCAAGUCACUUUUCUACAUAGUUUAGCCAGCUUUUGAAAAACAUAAAACAGAUCAUGCUAUUCCCCAAUUAGAAACCCUAGAAAGGCUUCCCUCUGCUCUUAGAUUAAAACCCUGAACUGUCUUUUUGGCCUGCAUAGUAUAGUGAUAUUUAACCCCUCCUGGGGUCUUUCUUUGCGAUGGUCCAGCCCACCACAUUCUUGCUGUUUCUUUGCUGACCCAAGCAGUUCACAGGCCCCAGUAUGGGCUGGUCCCUCUUGUUUGCUGCAAGCAUUUUUCCUUUCUGUUGGCAGACUUGUCAAUGUGAUUCAGUCCAAACAGUUGCCUCUUCAAACACUCCAUCCGAAGUAGCCCUUUCCACCAAUCCUGCCCUGCCAGUUGCGUUGGUGCUUUUCUUUCUUUUGUAUGACUUGGUAGUCUCUGAAAUGAUCUUGUUUGGCUGUGUAUUUUGCUCCAGUGCCAGUGACAGGGGCAGUUAUGUGUGUAGCAAAAGUGGGAAGUAGGCAGAUCACCUAGUUGUGAAGUGGGAGGAAAUGGUAGAGACUGCAGUGGGCUGGAGGGCCUGUGUCCUGGAUGCAUAAAGGUUGAUAGCUGCUAUGUAUUGUUUAAGAAUUUUCUCAGAGUUGCCAGUUUCAGAGAAAUUAAAUGUCGGUACCUUACCUUGAAAUGAGGCACCAUUGUGAACUGCAUCAAACACUGAUGUAAGAUACAGCUCAUCAGACUCAUUGGCACUUAAGGAUUGUUCCUUGCUUUUCAUUUUGCAGUCCUGGGGGUGCAAUCCUGAGCCUCCUGCAGGGUAGAUAGUUGCUCACCUGCUGAGCCAUGCCCCAGCCCUUGCUAGGAGAUGCUAGACAGUGGGACAGUGGCUCUCCUGCUCAGCUGCUGCCUCUCCUUCCCUGGGAGAUUCUCAGCAAAGGUUCUCCUGCUCAGCCAUAGCUGCAGCCCCUUACUGGGCAAAUGCUCUGCCACUAAACCUCCAGCACUAGUUUGUGAAUUGCUGAAGAAUGCAUUGGAACAUGAGCUUCACAAAGGCAGAAUCCUUGUUUGUCUACCUUGUUCUGGGUCCCAAGUCAAGUAGCUGGGGGGACAGAGUAAGCUCUCAAUAAAUAGAACUCACACUAGAAGUAAUUGACCAAAAAAAAAAAAAAGAAAA